GCGCGGGCGUGCCUCUGAAGGCGCGUGCCCGUCAGCGUGAGCCCAUCAGCUCUCCAUCAGUCUGCUCAGGGAGGGUCUCCACCGGACCAGAACCCUCCGGUCCGGAUCCGAGCUGCGGUCCUGCUGCGGCUCUGAGGGCGCGGCAGCAGCGGGGCGAUGCGCUCCUCAGGCCGGGAACCAGCGCUCAUCUCCGGGGGCUGCUCUCCUCCUCUGCCCGCUCAGCGUGCACCGUCUGCGGGGUUUAAACGUUGGUCUGUGUCGCUGCCUGGCGCUCCGGUGGUUUCCCGGCGGACAGCCGCCGCCUCCGGUGCUCCGGGGGUGAAUUUCUCCUCCGGUUCCCCGGUGGAGAGGAUGUGAUCCGGGAUCCGGGAGGAGCGAGCGCCGCUGGGGGAGAGGAUGAGGAUUAUCCCGCAGUGGGAUUAUUUUUCCAGCAUCAGGAAUCUGGACGGGAAACGGGAAAACCGGAAUUCCUCUGAUUCAGGAAAAAGUUGAUUUGAUGAGCAGCAGGAUGAAGAUGAUCCUCCAGAACUUCCUCUGGCUUCAGAUCAGAAGUUUAGCUGUUUCCGUCCAGAACCUGACCCGUUUAUCAUGACUGGAGGAGCCAGACUGGACCUCGGUUCUGGUUCCGAAUCGAUCCACUUCCUCCGAACUUUCAUCUGAUUUAACUGAAACAUGGUGAAGAAUAAGAGGAAACUUUUUCAGUAAAACCAGAACCAGAACCGGACCCAUAUACACUGAUAGAACUCUUCAUCCGGUCCGGAUCCAGAGUCACACCCAGAACCAGAACCAGAACCAGGAGGGGCGGCAUGUCUGAGCGCAGCGCCCCGGGCUGCCGCCUCAGACUGGGCUGGGUCUACGGGUACCGGGGCCACCAGUGCCGGAACAACCUGUUCUACACGGCCGGGAAGGAGCUGGUCUACUUCGUGGCCGGAGUGGGCGUGGUCUACAACACCCGCGAGCACAGCCAGCGGUUCUACCUGGGCCACAACGAUGACAUCAUCAGCCUGGCGCUGCACCCAGAGCGCCUCCUGGUGGCCACAGGCCAGGUGGGCAGGGAUCCCUAUGUGUGUGUGUGGGACUCGCUCACCGCGCAGACAGUCAGCCUGCUGAGGGACGGACACACACACGGCAUCGCCUGCCUGGGGUUCAGCGCCGACGGACAGCGGUUGGUGUCGGUCGGGUUGGACGCCAAGAACACGGUUUGUAUCUGGGAGUGGAGGAAGGGGAAGAUCCUGGCCUCAGCCAGCGGACACUCGGACCGGAUCUUUGACGUUUGCUGGGAUCCGUUUCAGCAGAACCGCCUGGUGAGCUGUGGAGUCAAACACAUCAAGUUCUGGUCGCUCUGUGGGAACGCGCUGACGCCGAAGCGAGGGAUCUUCGGGAAGACGGGCGACCUGCAGACCAUCCUGUGUGUGGCGUCGGCUAAAGAUGACAUCACGUACUCCGGCGCGCUCAACGGAGACGUGUACGUGUGGAAAGGCCUGACGCUGCUGAGGACGGUCCAGUCGGCCCACGGGGCCGGGAUCUUCAGCUUGUUUUCCUGUGAGGAAGGAUUCGCCACCGGAGGCAGAGACGGCUGCAUCCGGCUCUGGGACGCCGACUUCAAACCCGUCACCAAGAUCGACCUGAGGGAGGCCGAGCAGGGAUACAAGGGUCUGUCCAUCCGGAGCGUCUGCUGGCGAGCCGACCGGAUCCUGGCAGGAACUCAGGACAGCGAGAUCUUUGAGGUGAUGGUGCGAGAGCGCGACAAGCCGCUGCUCAUCAUGCAGGGUCACAGCGAGGGCGAACUCUGGGCUCUGGACGUUCAUCCCAAAAAACCUCUGGCUGUAACCGGCAGCGACGACCGAUCCGUCAGGUUGUGGAGCCUGGUUGACCACGCUCUCAUCGCGCGAUGCAACAUGGAGGAGGCGGUUCGCAGCGUGGCGUUCAGCCUGGACGGAUCCCAGUUGGCUCUGGGGAUGAAGGACGGAUCCUUCACCGUGCUGAGAGUUAGGGACAUGACGGAGGUCGUCCACAUCAAGGACAGGAAGGAGGUGAUCCAUGAGAUGAAGUUCUCUCCAGACGGAGCGUAUCUGGCUGUCGGCUCCAACGACGGCCUGGUGGAUGUUUACGCCGUCGCCCAGAGAUACAAGAAGGUGGGAGAAUGCAGUAAAUCCACCAGUUUCAUCACACACCUGGACUGGACUGUGGACGGGAAGAUCCUGCAGAGCAACGACGGAGCCGGAGAACGCCUCUUCUACCGGAUGCCCAUGGGGAAACCCAUCACCAACGAGGAGGUUAAAGGUCAGCGCUGGGCCUCCUGGAGCAGCGUCCUGGGGUCAGAGGUCAGCGGCGUCUGGCCAAAGUACUCCGACUCGACGGCCAUCAACGCGGUGGACGCCAACCUGUCGUCCGGCGUCCUGGUGUCCGGGGACGACCUGGGCCUGGUGAAGCUGUACCGCUUCCCCUGCCUGCGGAAAGGAGCCAAAUUCAAGAAGUACCUGGGCCACUCGGCGCACGUCACCAACGUCCGCUGGUCCAGCGACCUGCAGAGCGUCCUGACCACCGGCGGAGCCGACCACGCCCUCUUCCAGUGGCACUUCCUGCCGGAGGACGGGGCGGGCGGAGCGCCGGACGGAAACACAGCAGGUGGGACAGGAAGGACAAACUACCUGAUCGUUCCUCACUUCCUCCAAGAUCCAGCAGGAUCGAUAAUCCUGGGAGUUUUAAGGAUGACGGAACAUUUCCAGAGCUUUACUGGGAGUAGAUUAAUGAACCAUCACCAUGGUUACUCGGAUGUGUCUGGGUUUGGGUCUGGAGGUUGUGAGAGAAAAACCCAGUUUUUCAGAAAACGGUGCAGAAUAAAUGAAUUCUGUGAGCAGAACUUCAGAAGAACGUUUGGCCCACAGGGGGCACUGGUCGAGUUCUUAGGGAGUUUAUUUAUCGCCAGCUGGUUGUUCUCAUUGUGUGACCUCUACGCUGUAUGUGUGACCUCUACGCUGUGUGUGUCCAGUUACCGUGGUUACGACUGCAGGAACAACCUGUUCUACGCCCAGAGCGGUGAGGUGGUGUACCAUGUGGCCGCGGUGGGCGUGGUUUACAACCGGCAGCUGCACAGCCAGCGGUUCUACCUCGGCCACGACGACGACAUCCUGAGCCUCAGCAUCCACCCGCUGAAGGACUACGCCGCUACGGGACAGGUGGGCAGAGACCCGGCCGUCCACGUCUGGGACGUCCAGACCCUGAAGUGUCUGUCCCUGCUGAGGGGUCAGCACCAGAGAGGCGUCUGCGCUCUCGACUUCUCAGCCGAUGGGAAGACUCUGGUUUCUGUUGGAGUCGAUGACGAACAUUCGAUCGUGGUUUGGGACUGGAAACGAGGAGAGAAGCUGGCAACAGCCCGGUACGGAAAACCUGGCAAAACGAAAAAACUGAAAAACUGCUGGAAACCUGACAAAAUUAUUACGUUAACUUCUCCCUUUCUGCUGAUGUUUUUGCUCUUCCUGCUCCGUCCUCCAGGGGGCGGCCUGACCUUCAGGCGCGGUGCGUUCAGGAGCGUGGGUCGUCCGGAGACCAUGAUGUCGGUGUGUUACGGCCGCAGCGAGGCGCUGGUUUUCUCCGGCGCCGCCAACGGAGACGUUUACAUCUGGAAGGAGCCGAUCCUGCUGAAGACGGUGAAGGCUCACGACGGGCCGGUGUUCGCCAUGUUCUCCCUGGACAAGGGUUUUGUGACGGGAGGGAAAGACGGAGUGGUGGAGCUGUGGGACGACAUGUUCGACCGCUGCCUGAAGACGUACGCCAUCAAGAGGACGGCUCUGUCCCCGGGGUCAAAAGGCCUUCUGCUGGAGGACAACCCGUCCAUCAGAGCCAUCACUCUGGGCCACGGACACAUCCUGGUCGGCACCAAGAACGGAGAAGUUCUGGAGAUCGACAAGACCGGACCCAUGACCCUGCUGGUGCAGGGUCACAUGGAGGGGGAGGUCUGGGGUCUGGCCGCCCAUCCGCUGCUUCCUGUCUGCGUCACCGUCAGCGAUGACAAAACGCUCCGACUGUGGGAGACGUCGGCCAACCACCGCAUGGUGGCGGUCCGCAAGCUGAAGAGAGGCGGCCGCUGCUGCUCCUUCUCCCCUGAUGGCAAAGCGCUGGCGGUGGGGCUGAGCGACGGCGCCGUCCUGGUGGUGAACGCCGACACGCUGGAGGAUCUGCUGAGCUUCCACCACCGCCGAGACGCCAUCUCUGAUGUUCGCUUCAGCCCAGAUCCAGGUAAAUACCUGGCCGUGGCGUCACAUGACAGCUUCGUCGACAUCUACCACGUGUUGAGCACCAAGCGGGUCGGGAUCUGCAAAGGAGCGUCCAGCUACAUCACACACGUCGACUGGGACGCCCGAGGUAAACUGCUGCAGGUCAACACCGGAGCCAAGGAGCAGCUGUUCUUCGAAGCCCCCAGAGGAAGAAGACAAACCAUCCAGAACUCUGAGCUGGAGCGGGUGGACUGGUCCAGUUGGACCUGUGUUCUGGGCUCCAGCUGUGAGGGAAUAUGGCCGACUCACAGUGACAUCACCGACAUCAACGCCGCGUCGCUCACCAGAGACCGAACUCUGCUCGCCACCGGAGACGACUUCGGCUUCCUGAAGCUGUUCAGCUACCCAGUCAGAGGUCAGUUUGCCCGUUUUAAGCGCUACGUCGGCCACAGCGCUCAGGUGACCAACGUCCGCUGGGCUCAGGAUGACUCCGCCCUGCUGACGGUGGGCGGAGCCGACACCGCCCUGAUGGUCUGGACCAGGGAGCGAGGAGGCGGAGUCAGCAGGGAGCUGGACCCGCCGCCGGGCGCCGACAGCGAGGAGUCAGAGGACGACAUCGAGGAGGACGGAGGUUACGACAGUGACGUUGCCAGAGAGAAGACGGUGGAUUACGUGACGAAGAUGUUUGCGGUGAGCAUCAGAGAGAUGAGAGGAACCAAACCUCACCAGCAGCUGAAGGAGCUUUCAGCCGAGGAGAGGCAGUCGGUUCAUGUUUCUAGUCUUCGUAAAUCAACUCAGCAGGUUUUUAUUGUUUUUAUGUGUUUAUGUGUUUCUUGCUGGCCUUAUUUGCCUCAUCGCUCUCACAACUCGUCAGGUGACGUCGGUGAAAUCUCAGGUACGAAUCCGUCCAUCCACGUCUGGGACGCGAUGAGCAAACAGACGCUGUCCGUCCUGCGCUCCAGCCACGCCAAAGGAGUCGGAUACGUGAACUUCAGCGCCACCGGGAAGCUGCUGCUGUCUGUCGGAGUCGAACCUGAACACACCAUCACCGUGUGGCGCUGGCAGGAAGGAUCUCGGGUUUGCAGUAAAGCCGGACAUCCGGACCGGAUCUUCGUGGUGGAGUUCCGGCCGGACUCGGACUCCCAGUUUGUUUCUGUGGGAAUCAAACAUGUGAAGUUCUGGACUCUGGCUGGCGGCGCGCUGAUGUACAAGAAGGGAGUGGUGGGGUCGGUGCCGGACGGCCGGAUGCAGACCAUGCUCUCUGUGGCCUUCGGUGCUAACAACCUGACGUUCACCGGCGCCAUCAACGGCGACGUGUACGUGUGGCGACAUCACUUCCUGCUGAGGCUGGUGGCGAAGGCCCACACGGGGCCGGUGUUCACCAUGUACACCACGCUGAGAGACGGACUCAUCGUCACUGGAGGGAAGGAGCGGCCGACCAAAGAGGGCGGAGCCGUGAAGCUGUGGGACCAGGAGAUGAAGCGCUGCCGGGCCUUCCAGCUGGAGACGGGUCAGCAGGUGGAGUGCGUCCGCUCCGUCUGCAGAGGGAAGGGGAAGAUCCUGGUGGGAACGAAGGACGGGGAGAUCCUGGAGGUCGGGGAGAAGAACGCGGCGUCCAACCGGCUGCUGGACAGCCACGGCCGCGGGGGCAUCUGGGGUCUGGCUGCCCACCCGGUCAAGGAGCUCUGCGUCACGGCCAGCGACGACGCCACCAUCAGGCUGUGGGACCUGAGCGACAAGAAACUCCUGAACAAGGUGUGUGUCGGCCACGCCGCCCGCUGCGUGAGCUUCAGCUGCGACGGGGAGAUGCUGGCCGUCGGGAUGAAGAACGGGGAGUUCCUCCUCCUCCUCGCCAACUCCCUGAAGAUCUGGACCAAGAAACGGGACCGCAGCGCCGGCCUGCAGGACAUCCGGUAGGAGGUCCGGUCAGGACCAGACGGGUCCGGUCAGAUCCAGUCAGAACCAGCUGGGUCAGGUCAGAACCAGACGGGUCCGGUCAGAACCAGUCAGACCCAGUUAGAACCAGCUGGGUCCGGUCAGAACCAGCUGGGUCCGGUCAGAACCAGUCAGAACCAGCUGGUUCAGGUGUCGACCGGAGCGUACCGCCGCCUGGUGUUUGAGGUUCCUUCAGGGAAGCUGCUGAGUGACCAGAGCGCCAUCGACAGAAUCACCUGGGCGACGUGGACCAGCAUUCUGGGAGAUGAAGUUGUGGGGAUCUGGCCUCGGAGCGCCGACAGAGCCGACGUGAUCUGCGCCUGCGUUUCGCACGGUGGCCUGAACGUGGUCAGCGGAGACGACCUGGGAUUGGUCAGACUGUUCGAUUUCCCCUGCAGAGACAAGUCUGCCAAACACAAGCGUUUCCUCGGACACUCGCCUCACGUCACCAACGUCCGAUUCUCCCACGACGACAAGCAGGUGAUCAGCACCGGAGGAGACGACUGCAGUGUGUUUGUGUGGAAGUGUCUGUAGACGUCCGGAUCCAAAGCGCCUUAACAGAACCACAGUGGACCCAGAGCAGCUCAGCGUUCCUCUGCACAAUCAGCCUGACAGACGCAGGACAGACGCUGGACAGACGCUGGACAGGUGCUGGACAGAUGCUGGACAGGCGCAGCUGAUGUUUACAGAUGUCCAGGUAGCCUCACCUGGGAUCAGUCCGGACGCUGCAGCGCCUCCUACAGGUGGAGGAAUCAGUGGCUCAGAAUCUCUGAGGUGAAGCAGCAGAUUCACUCAGUGGAUCAGUUUAUUCAUCAAACUCCUUAAAAUGAACCUGCAGGCCUCCGUAGGGAUCCAGGUCUCACAACGUUAUCUCACUGAACUGGGAUCCAGUUGGAACCAAGAAAACCAGUUUGAUCCUGAUCCUUGAACUCAGUCACCAGGCUAACCACUGUUAGCAACACAAGCUAACAGCUAACUGUUAGCAACACAAGCUAACAGCUGAGCAGUUUCCCUGCGUUUUAGCCAAACCUGAAGAACAUGUUCACCAACAUGCCAUGAAUCAUAACGUGAGGCUGAAUGAGGCGAAAAGCAUCAGAGGUUCAAUAAUCAGAUCUUUGCUGCAGCUUUCAGCAUCACCACUUCGUGCAGCGGCCAUCUUGGAUUGGAGUUCUGGGCUGGAAACCAGAAUAACGAGAUGCAAAGAUUUAAACUUCCAUGAAACCAUUUUAGAUUUUUAGUGAAACGUAAAAUAAAAACUGUUUAAUUUAAAAAAAGGUGUAAAUUUUGUAAAACCAUGGAGGUUUUCACAGAAACAGUUUUAUUUCACCUAGAAGCUGCAGAACCAGAACCGAAGCAUCAACACAGACAUCUGGACUCAGAAUCAAAUCCUGAAGAUGAAGAUGAUGAUGAAGAUGGACCAGAGGCUGACUGUAAACUUGUGUUUUCCUGAGAAGCAGCUGAUGACCGUCUCGUUGUCAAAGAGCCUCGGCUGCAUCUGGACUCCGUCCCCCUGAAGUGCCUUUCUGGAUGUUUCCGUUUGUCUCAUUUCUCUGGACCAGGAUCAGAUUUCAGACGUUUGGACUUUCGGUUCUGUCUGGUGCUACUCUCUGAAUGUUCAUCCUGACUGGAUAGAAAAAUGUUUUUGCUUUGAGUUAAUACCUGGAAUCAUUCAUGUUUUUAUGCCUGAUGCGAAUGAAUGGAUGAAUUCUCUGUGCUGAAAAUGAACUGAAGGCAAAAAUCA